CGCCGUUCACGAUGCGCUUCGCUGCCCUUUUUACCGUCACCGCCGUCACAGUUGUCGCGACCGCUCAGACCCUGACAGGCCAGUACGACUGCACACCCGCUGGCGAGUUCACGCUCUGCCAGAACCUCUGGGGCGAAUCUGCUGGUGUCGGCGGUCAGAACUCGACAUUGCUUAGUGCAAGCGGCAACACCGUCUCGUGGCGCACAAUCUGGCAAUGGCAAAACAACCCGAACAACGUCAAGAGCUAUGCCAACGUCGAGAGCAGCACGGCUAAGGGCGUGCAGCUGUCCAAGCUUUCGUCCGCGCCGACCGCCUGGCAGUGGAAGUACGAGACCGAGUCAUCUGGUAUCCGGGCUGAUGUCUCAUACGACAUCUGGACGGGCACCGCUUCCUCGGGACAGCCUGCAUCGUCCGCGUCGUCGUACGAGAUCAUGAUCUGGCUCUCCGGCCAGGGCGGCAUCCAACCCGUCGGCUCGCAGGUCACGACGGGCAUCAGCCUCGCUGGCCACACCUGGAACCUCUGGAAGGGCCCGAACGCGAACUGGCAGGUGCUCUCGUUCGUGAGCCAGGAUGGGGACAUCACGGACUUCAACGCGGACCUCAAGGAGUUCUUCGACUACAUCGUCCAGAACCAGGGCGUGUCGUCAUCGCAGUAUGUGCAAGCGAUUCAGACUGGCACAGAGCCGUUCACGGGCAGCGCGAGCUUGUUGACGGAGAGCUACAGUGUUGCGCUCAACCAGUAAACGGAAGGGCUCGCGUUCAAUACCUGUAUUAGCUACUGUAUAUCUAUGUAUAUCACGAAGCGCUCCCUAUCCGUUAUCGCGACUCGCAGCAGGGCAGCCAAUGUCGUCCCAAUAUUCAACUCAAUGCUCUUUACCCACUAAAGUAAUGGUAGUCUCAUAGUUGGGCCCGUGAACCGAGCGACUAUAUGGCUCAACGAAAGCGUUCACAUAAUUGACAUACAUUCU